AUUCCACCCUCGGCGGCUGCAUCCUCAUCAUACAUAGCCUUUCCCUAUGAAUAUCUUAUACCUGCUUCCGUAGCCCUAACAUACUCUCACAUAGCGUCAAUAUGGCAAAUUCCAAAUACGAGUAUGUCAAGUCAUUCGAACAACCCGAUGUGUUGCUCCCCAACACAUGGAUUGUCGUUCGAAUUGACGGUCGAGGAUUCCAUAAACUCUCCGAUCGCUACGGCUUCGUCAAGCCCAACGACCGUCGGGCUCUAGAUCUAAUGAAUGCCGCCGCCGUGGAGGUCAUGAAGGAGCUUCCCGAUCUAUGUCUCGCCUACGGUGUCAGCGACGAGUAUAGUUUCGCAUUCCACCCCAGCUGCCAAUUAUUCGAGCGGCGAAGCGCCAAACUGGUCACGACCAUCGUGUCGACCUUCACAGCAUACUACAUCUAUCUUUGGGGUACAUAUUUUCCCAAUACGCCGCUGCAGCCUGCGGCUCUUCCUUCUUUCGAUGGGCGGGCGGUCAUGUAUCCUAGCUCGAGGAUCUUGAGAGAUUACAUGAGCUGGAGACAGGUGGAUUGUCAUAUCAACAACCUGUAUAAUACGACUUUCUGGACCAUGGUCCUGCAGGGUGGUAUGAGCAACACGGAUGCGGAGCAGGAGCUGAAGGGCACUGUCUCGUCGGAUAAGAACGAGAUUUUGUUCAAGCGGUUUGGGAUCAACUACAACAACGAGGAAGAGAUCUAUAAGAAGGGCAGUGUGAUCUAUCGCCAGUAUCAACUCGAGGACGCACAGCCCAAAUCAGGGACAAGCAAUGCAGAGGAAGAGGAGGAUAUCCCAAGCGCUCCGGCUUCGCGAUCUCAGCAGGAUAAGAUCCGCAAGUUGCGUCGGAAAGCGCAGGUGGUCGUCGACCAUGUGGAUAUCAUCAAGGAUGAAUUCUGGCAGCGUCGGCCAUGGAUCCUAUCGGGCAGGCCGGGGAAAUUGCCUACGGAGGCACAAUAGGCUGGGUCAUGUUUGAUAGAGUCAGAAACAAUGCGUUGAUUGAUGUAUGUCAAAGCCAAAAAAGAAAAAAAAUUACG